AUGAUGAGCGCUACGGAGGAGCCUAUCCACGUGCUCGACUUACCCCAGACCUACGAGAAACCCUCCGGCACCGAUCUCCUCAAUGCGCUGACACUGUUAGCCCUGCAGCCUAAGGCCUUUGGAACUAGCCCCGAGGUAGCGAAGGGCCCAGCUGUGCAACCUGCGGGGGUGAAUCGGUAUCUCACCCAGAUCAUUUCGAGCCCGCUAUCAUGGCUCGAGACCGAUGAACUGCGAGAGGCAGUGUGGGAUGCGGCGGCGGCUCGUUUGAGCGAGCGCUCAGGCCGUGCUGCGAUGCCGGCCAUGUCGCGAGUUUUCUCGGUCCCCACUUCCUCCGGCCAAGAUCACUCAAUCACCUUGCACGAGCCAUCCCUCACGGCGGAUAACCUGGGUAUGAAGACCUGGGUCUCUUCAUACCUCCUGUCCCGCAGACUCCAUAAAUUUAUCGAAGGACCCGCGGAUCUCGUGCCAUCUGGCCCCACCAAUCCCUCAACCACACCCGCAAAAUCAAAGAAGCCGGUCCGAGCCCUUGAACUUGGAUCCGGUACAGGAUUAGUCGGACUUUCCUUCGCAGCCCUUCAAGGCAAGUCAGCAACGGUGCACCUGACCGAUCUUCCCGAGAUUGUACCAAAUAUCGCACACAACUGUGCUCUGAACGUUGAGCUUCUCAACAAAACUGAGGCAAAGGUAACCACUGGUAUUCUGGACUGGUCUAUUGUUCCCACGCCACCCACAGCGGAAGAGCGAUACGACGUGAUCCUCGCUGCUGACCCGCUGUACUCGCCAAGCCACCCUGGAUGGCUUGUGCAGACGAUUGGAUCCUGGCUGGGACGUGGGCUUAGUGCACGCGUUAUAGCGGAAAUGCCCCUGCGAACUCCGUAUCUUCCCCAGGUGCAAGAAUUCCGCAAGCGGAUGGCAGAUCUUGGUCUGGCGGUGAUUGAGGAAGGUGAAGAAAUCGGAUACGAUGACUGGGAGGGAGCCGAUGGAGAUGUAUUACCAGUGAAGUGCUGGUGGUCGAUCUGGGCAUGGAGCGAGAAGGUAUAA